AUGCAUAAAGAGGUUUCAAAUGAGGGAAGUAGAAAACAUGAUAGAGAAAAACUUGUUUUAGAGACUGCCUGCCUUGCUGGCAGUGCAGAGACACCAGAGGAAAUCAGACUUGCCUUAGCUGAGAAGAACCAGCUUCAGAGGGAGCUGCAGCGCUGCCUUCAGGAGAUGCAGCAGAAGGAUCUCCACUUUCAGCAGGUUAAUUCAAAGGUUGUCCAGUCAGCAGAAGAGAAUGCUGUCCUGUCUGCCCAGCUGAAGGCUCUUUCACAGACCCUGAGGGAUAACCAGCUUCGUUACACUGACUUGCAGAAUCGUUAUUUAAGACUGGAGAGGGAAUAUCAGACAAUCCAAGUGUCAUCAUUCCAAGGCCUUGUUCAGGAUGAAACUAGAGCAGAAGUUCCCCCUGGAGCACCACAGGAAAGAUCUGCUGUCAUUGUUGAAAUAGACAAUAUGGAGCUGAAUGAUCUCAGAAAAAGGCUUGCAGAGACUGAGCAACAAUAUGAUUCAGUGCAGCAGGCUCUCUCACAACUGACAGAAACUCUGGCAGAAGAGAAGAGGAGGAGAGAAGCUGCUGAAGAGGCUCUUGGACUCUCUGAGGAGCAAAGUAACAGAUUUGAAGUAAGCAGUUACAGGUCUGUACCUAGUGAAUACUCUGUUCAGGUGGAAACUGAGGAGGAAAGGGAAGCCUUAAUCAUCAAUCCUAGUGAGCAUGUUAUUGUGCGAAAGAUUUGGCAUCAUUCUUUCUACAACGAGCUCUGGGUUGUGCUGGAGGAACACCCUGUCCUGCUGACCAAGGUCCCCUUGAAUCCCAAAGUCAUCCAUGGAAAAAUGACCCAGAUCAACACAGAAAAUGAACUUUCAUGGGAAAGCAUUGAAGGUGCUUAUGAAUUGUGA